CGCCAAUGCAUCGAAGACAUCCAGCAGAUUCCUGUCUCCCUCGCUGCUGGAUUCACCCAGUCUCUCCCUCUAUCGCCCCCACCGCUGUCGUCGCCGUCAACCCGACCUUAUAUUUUUUUUCUUUUUUUUCUCUUUUUUUUGCUAUUACCAUUUUCCUAAUUCGCCCAUCCUCCACUCUGCAGACGACCGUCGCCAAUCUUGAUUGUGUUGCGCGACGUUGGCCUGUUUUGCUGCAGCUGCUGUUGUUUGAUUUGCUAAGCCUCGGUGUGCGCGCGCGUUCCGAUCAAAUUGACCCCUCAACGUCAACAGAGCUCAGGCCGACCUAGGACUUACUAUUGUACACAAUCCUCCCUUGGGGGUGUGCGCUACAUACCCAUCUAUCUGUCUGACUGUCUGCCUCGUGUCGCGUAAAUCCGCCCACACACUCCAACAUACUCCCAGAAACAAAACACCUCACGGCCGCCACUGCACCACCAUCACCACCCACCAAUCCUACCGACGUGUUCCUUUCCCUCUUUUUCGCCGUCUCUCGGUUUCUGGUUCUCCUUCAUUUGCGAUACGCCAUUUCAGCUACUACUGCCACUACUUCCUUACUAAUUGUCUCUAACUUGUCUUCUUUGCCCAAUUCGACCUACGGAAUCCGGGGCUUCUAUUAUUUCACGCCACUUCAACACGACCCGCUGCCGAACCUUUUUUUUAUUUUUUAUUUUUUUUUUAAAAAAAAACAAAAUAAAAUAAAAAAAAAAGCUCUUUUUUAACGUUUUACUACGGCAGCUGGGUCUGGCCACCACGCGCCACCGAUCGAGAUCCGAUUGAUGUCCAACAAAGCGAGGGAGGAAUAGGUGACGUUGCUUCGUUCAUCCCAACAAAACAAACCACUGCCAUACACAGCUUGGCGGUGCUGCGAGCAGGCAAAGCCCCGAAUCUUUGGGGCCUGCCUGUCCGAGGGCGUUCUCGGGCAUCAUGGCGACUUCGGUUGCAUCUGACAAGCCCGUCGAGGCUUUGGGUCCCGGAGAGGUUGCUGACCCUUUCGUCAUAAGUCCGUCUGGCCCGACACAUCUUCGGCAUUCCAACUUCGAUGGCCACCUCCUCGCCCUUGCUCCCGGCGCUUCGGCCGAGCAAACAAAACGCGCCAUUCAGGCCCAUCUGCGGGAUACCGAACGGCGAAUGGAGGAAGCUGGAAAGCUGGGUACCGCACUUGUACAACAGCAGAAGGAGCUCACGGAAAAGCUUCGGGAGGUGGAGCGCUUGCAAUCGGAAGCCGAACUUGAUCCCGACCUGCGCCAAAGACUCCUGGAUAUCGAGAAGGAUUACAGUGAGGUGGCGAGGGACAGUGCGCGCGCUUUGCUUCCAAAGCAGAGGGUUCCCAGCAGUGAUUCUCAAGGGUCGCCUUAUGCCGCCGAGGGCAAGGCUGGGAGGCGUUCUGUGAGCCCCUCCAAGUUCGAAACGUUGGCGGCGCCAUCUCCCACCAAGUUCAGUGUCCCCAAUCGAAAGUUGCGCAAUCAGCCUGCCAGUCGGAUCCACGAUAUCGAAUUCGCUGCCGAAAUCAGUACCUCGUUGAUUGCACAAGUUCGAAAUCUUCAGGCCCUUCUGUCGGAGAGAGAAGAGGAGCUCAAGGAGAGCAAGGCGGACAGGGCGAGACUUGAACUCGAGGCCGAAGGCUUCCAACAACACAUCAAAAGCCUGGACGAGAGCGAGUCCCGAUACAAGGAUGAGAACUGGAACCUCGAGACGCAAAUCCACGAGCUCAUGGCAUCGCAGAAGGAGGCUGCGGAGCGCGAGAAGAAGCUCACGCAGGCUUUGGCUGCUUUGCAAUCCGAAAAGAACGCCACCCAGCGAGAGCUGGAGGAGGUCAAGGAUAGCAUGGCCAAGCAGGAGGAGAAGCACUCGGCAGCUAUCAGAAAUCUCGAGAUCGAGCUUGGCACCAGCCGGCGCAGUGCGGUAUCCUUCGAAUCGGAACGCUUGACGCUUCAGAAGAGGGUCGAAGAACUCACAAGUCAGAAUCAGGAGCUAGCCAAGGCGUUCUCAGCCCAGCGGGGCAGGAUGCUGGAGCGGGAAUCCACUCGUGGUGUGAGUGAUGAGGAUCGCAACUCCGGUAGCGACAGAAACACCGGCCCCGAGCAGUCACCGCCUCCUUCGCCUCUAAAAAUGACACCUCGCCACUCCGGACUCGAGACCGAAACUCUCAAGACUUCUCUCGGCCAUGCUCAACGGACCAUCCAGACUCUCAGGACCAACAUCCAUCGCGAGAAAACCGAAAAGCUGGAGCUGAAGCGCAUGCUCCAGGAUGCCCGCGAUGAGGUCGAGAAGCUGAGAAGCGAUCCUCACCCGGCGCCCAAGAAAAACCGCAAGCUUGAUGCCAGGGAGGCCAAAAAGCCGAACUUCAAGGUCACGCAGUUGGGUGGCCACCGACCGAGCAGAAUCGAAGUGGUGGAAGACCCUGACUGGGAUGAUGUUUCCGAAGCGCCCUCUCCUCGGACGAAUCCGUUCCGUGGCUCAAGCUCUCGGAUACCCAACCUCAAUAUCGGUACCAUCCAGGAAUCGAGCAGCGAUCACUUCGAGACGGCUCACGAGGGUGGCUUCGACACCGCGACUGAGGCCAGCGAGGCUUUUGAGACUGCCCACGAAAGGGGCACUGAGACGACCGAAACGGAAGACUUUGAGACUGGUCUUGAGAACAUCACCACGGACGAAUCCGAGGACACGGCAACCGAGACAGAAUCCGGGCCGAGGCCAGCUCGGGGUGCAGAGUCGAUAAGGCGUCCUCCUCCUUUGCCCGCAAGCCAAGACUCGUACUCGUUCGACAGCACGGCGUCAACUUCGAGCGACGAGGAGUAUGGCUACGUGGACGUGAGAUCACCAUCUGCGAACCCUGCCCAGCGGAUGCGGGCGCGCAUGAACCGUGGAUCCAUGAGCCAACGUCAACGGCAGCUUAGUGAAGAUCCGUCUACCGCACAGAGCAGCCCUCUCGGCGCCCCCGUUCAUCGCGGUAGCAUCACGGCAACGCCUCAGCAGAGCCUGUUUGCCGAGUUGAACAACAUGGAUAACAGCGAUGAAGAUUCAUACGGUGGUACCCCCGCCCGCAGUCUCCGUUCCAUGACGCCUGCCACACCCGCCAGCGUGAUUAGAGGCCAUCUCUCGCCAGCUCCCGAUGUCCCGAGGAUGCCGAUCAAGAGGGUGACCAUGGUCGACAGUGGGAUGAUGACAGAGCCAGUGGACGUUCGUGACCUUGUUGAGUCUGGCGUGUUCAGUGAUGGGGAGAGCUCAAUCUCGGCUCCACCAAGUGUCAUUCACAUGGAACGGAGUCGUCCAAGAACGAUGGAGUCUGUGAUUGCCCGUCAGAGAUCUAUGGAGUCUGUCAUUGGGCCCAAGAGAUCUAUGGAGUCUGUUGUUAGACCUAAGAGGUCCAUGCAGUCUGUCAUCGGACCUCACACGUCUGUGGAAUCUGUCAUCGGCCCCAGAAAGUCCAGUCAAUGGCUGGGAAGCGAACUCAACCAGGGCCGGCCGGCAUCGGUCAUGUCGUACAGCGAUGUCAGCGUCCAGCAUGAUUCGGAUGCGGAAGACAGGCCUGCGCAAUUCCCAUCUCCUUCGACCUCACCUCGGCAGCGUGCUCUGUUCCCCACUCCCGUUGUCGUCCCACCGCAGACUUUGAGCCUUUCAAGCAUCCAGUCGGAAGACAUUGCGCCUGUCAUUGAGCCCGAGCUUCUUCCAACGCCCCCUUCGCUGAGCUUGUCUGCCAUUUUGACACAGCACACGGAGCCAGUGCGAGAGCCAGAGGUGCCUCCGCCGAAGCUCACUCUUGCACCAGUCUUGUCUCAGAACGUCGAGCCCGUGGCUCCUGUGCCGCCAGUUCUGAGCGUGCCUGCCACUGCUUCUCUGGAUAUCGAGCCAGUUUCGGAGCCGGAGGUUGUUCCAGCUCCCCUAUCGCUCUCGGCAGUUCUCGGUGAGCAAAUCGAGCCAAUUGCAGAGCCCGAGCCCACCCCUGCGGUUCUCUCUCUCUCUUCCGUCCAUGCUUUCCAUGACGUUGAGCCCGUUCCCGAACCUGAGCCGGUUCCUGCGCCUCUCAGCUUCUCGGCUGUCUUGUCGACGGCGGUGGAGCCUAUUGCCGAGGUGGUGCCAACACCGGCGGCGCUCUCCAUCUCGAGCGUACAUGCCUACCAUGAUUUCGAGCCCAUCGAGGCCCCAGAGCCAGAGCCUGUUCCUCUGUCCAUGUCGACAAUCUGCGCGGAGGAGGUCGAGCCAACAGCUCCGCCAUCCCCCAUUCUUCUGUCAUUCGCCAGCAUCGUGGCCGAAGAUGUCGAGCCAGUGGAGCAGCCAUUCGACCUCCCAGCCCCGGCAGUUGUUCCUGUCGUUGCAGCACGCAGCGUGGAGACAAAGCUCGAGGCGCCCGCUUCGCCUCCUCUUUCUUUCUCGUCUAUCAAGUCAGAGGCCGUCGAGCCUCGCCAGGAGCCAGAACCGGCUGCGCCCGCAUUCGGUCUUGCCCCUAUUCAAUCCCAGGACGUUGAGCCCCGCGAAGUGCCCCUUCCUGCACUCUCCAUAUCGACGCUCAAGACCUGGGAUGUUGAGCCUCAGGAGCCGCCUGCGCCGGCGCUCUCCCUGUCAAGCAUCCAGGCUUGUGCUGUCGAACCUGUUGAGGCGGUCCGUCCGCCGCUGUCUUUGUCAGCUGUUGCGGCAUUGGAUGUGGAGCCUCGCGAGACGCCUUUGCCGGUUCUCUCAUUGUCAUCUGUUCGGCAGACUCUGGAUGUCGAGCCACGCGAAGAGCCAGUCGUCCCUCCCCCUACCUUGUCCCUGGUAUCCAUUCAGUCGCAGGCUGUGGAGCCUCUCGAGGCUCCCGAGGUUCCAGCUCCUCUCUUGUCUAUUUCGGCCAUCGGCUCCCAAGUUGUUAUUGACCCGGUUGAGCCAGAGGAGCCCAAGUCCAUCCUCCCGCCGCUCACCAUUUCUGCGAUCCAGUCACUGCAAACCGAGCCAAGCGAGGGACGCAGCCCCAAGAGAAAUGCGUUCAUCAUUCCCCGUGGCACGGACGGCCAGGAGCAGGAUGCUCAGGCGUCAGAGGAGCAGCCCGCGCAGAAGCAGCCUGUGCUUACUGCCGAUCAGGGCGUUCAGACAACAUUGACAUCCGAGGCCAUUGACCAGUUGCUCCUGGCAAAUAGCCAGCAAUCUCUUCCGCCACACGAUCUUGAACGUUCCAGCUCACAUCUCAGUAUGGGCACGCCAUCCACGGUUCGCAUUAAUCGGGCCCGCCAGGGCAGCUUCGACAGCACGCUGCGGUCGAAGGGCAAGGCUGCUACCGACACUGUCACUGAGCCUAUUGAUGCCGUACUUCUUAGGAGGCCAGGCAGCUCUGCUAGCAUCAGGAGCUCCGCCGAGGACAUUGUCCCGCCCCUGCCAGCCAACCACAAAGAAGCCAUCGAGGCUGCGAGGACCAAUUCUUCGGGCGGCGGUCAGGAAACCAUCAACAGCAUGCCACCGCCACUGUUCCCCGCCUCUGCCAUGCGCCCGCGGACUCCCACGCAUAGACGCCCCUUGUCACCCGCGGGUGCUGCUGGUAACGGUGGUCGUGCUACUCCCACACCACGUGCUCACAAGAAUGGAUCGAUUCGCGAGAUGCCCGAAGUCCAUUCGCCGUCGAGAAUGACAGCCCGCAGCCGCAAGUCCUCUAUUUCAUCCUUCGCAUCCGAGGUCGACACUCGAUUCAACAUUCACCCCGAGGGCGGUUAUGACACGUCUGGCUUGGGUCCCAACACGGACCCUCGCAUGAUCCAGGCCAUCACCCAGACGAUGAUUGGAGAGUACCUGUGGAAAUACACGCGCAAGGCCGGCCGUGGUGAGAUGUCUGAGAACCGUCACCGGAGGUACUUCUGGGUGCACCCGUACACGCGCACUCUGUACUGGAGCGACCGGGACCCAUCAUCUGCCGGACGUCAUGAGCUUCGUGCCAAGAGUGUUCCUAUUGAGGCCGUACGCGUCGUAGCGGAUGACAACCCGAUGCCCCCUGGGCUGCACAGGAAGAGCUUGGUCAUCGUGUCGCCUGGCAGAACCAUCAAGUUCACCUGCACGACUGGUCAACGACAUGAGACAUGGUUCAACGCCCUGUCUUACCUUCUCCUUAGGACGUCGAACGAUGGCCAGUCGGAUGCCGAAGAGAUGGCUGGCCACAUUACAAGUGCCGAUGUUGACGAAUUCAACCCAAGCUAUGGCAAGCGGAUGCCCCAUGGCACUCGCGGUGCUCCUUCUCUGUCCUCGUACAAUUCCCGAACAGUACGGGAGUCGCCAACCAUGGACCACUACCUCAAUGUUCCCACUCUCACCCCGUCUCGCUCCAAGAUUUCUCAGCAGCAGCAGCAGCAGCAGCAACCACCGCAAGCGGCGCGGUCAUCUGGAACGCUGAGCCGCAUCAGCGGAUACUGGAAAGACAGCAAGGUCUUGGGCGGGACAUUUGGCAGCUUGAGGAGCAGAAGUGUUUCGGGGCGCGAUACCGCACAGAGCAUGUAUGAAUCUAGUGAAGUGCAGGAUAGUGCGGAGGAUCUCAGACAGAUCAUCGAGCAACAAGAUCGCGAAGCGGAUCGGUUGGAGAAUGUUCGGGCGUGUUGUGAUGGUAAACAUGAUGUGGGCACCUUGACCAGCAGUUCAAAGCGUGGCCGUAACUCGCGGCAAGGCUUUCACUCGCACACGGGCCCUUCUUCAACCCCAACACCGGUCGGGACCGUCAGGUCUCGGGCAUAAAAUCAGACUGCCGUCAAAAAAAAAAAAACAAAAAAAAGAAAAAAAGAAAAAAAAAACCAUACAAGCAAACUAUACACACUCACAACUGAGUCUCCUUUUCCUUGGAAAUAAUAAGCCAUGACGGGAUUUCUUUUCAUGGGUACUCAAAAUUUCAUUAACCCUACUCUUCUUGUCGAUCGCUACAAAGUAAACCAUUUCUGUUGUCUGAAUGCAUUGGGGGGAGAAAGAAAGCAUCUUGCGUGUUGUGUAACGAAUACAGACUUGGGGCCAUAAACUACUUGGGAAAUUUUCGCCUUUGAUGACGUUGAUGAUUAUUUUCCACACAAUUUUCUCGUCAAAGUCUUUUUGUUUUCAUCAACCGGCAUUUUUCUUCUUUUCCCUUGUAUUACUACCACUUCCGUCGCCGCCGUCGCCGCCGUCGUCACCUUUAACGCUAGCAACGGCGUCAACCAACAACCUACCACCGAAGAGUCUCCAAGCUGCGCCUACCCGACUCGAUCACACCUCAUCUAUAAAAUCUGGAACAACAAAGCUCUCAACAAACUCUCGGGAUAUUGGGUCUUUUUUUUUUUUUUUUUUUCUUGGUCCUGGGUGGGAAAUCACGGGAGGCGUCAACAUGGCGGGAGAAAG